CACUGAGGUGUCACAUUUUAGGCACCGCAUCGUACCGUAUAUCUUCACCGUCAAAUUUAUACAGUGCCUGCACCUCCUCUCCGUCACUUCAGUACCGAUACUGGUACGCGUGCUACGCCUUUAUUUCUUGAUCUACAGAUCUAUCGAUUGCAGUUUCAGUGAGUUGGGAUAGGAUACUCGUAGACUACUCAAGUUUUAAUUAUUUAGUGUUCUGAACAAGAUAUUUUUUCGAAGAUAAGGGUCACUAUAAAAUUUCAAGAUGGCAGCAAAACGACUUAUGGCUGAAUACAAACAGUUGGCGACACAAGCACCGGAAGGAAUUGUUGCUGGGCCAAAGGAAGAAAGCAACUAUUUUGAAUGGGAUGCUUGUAUAAUGGGACCAAUAGGCACACCAUUCGAAGGUGGAGUUUUUUCAGCUGUGAUGACUUUUCCAUCAGAUUAUCCUCUUAGUCCUCCUACAAUGCGAUUUACAUGUGAUAUGUUUCAUCCAAACAUAUAUCCAGAUGGAAGAGUUUGCAUUUCAAUAUUGCACGCCCCUGGUGACGACCCGAUGGGAUAUGAAUCAAGUGCUGAAAGAUGGUCGCCUGUUCAAAGUGUUGAAAAAAUUUUGCUCUCUGUAAUAAGCAUGCUUGCUGAACCCAAUCCUGAAUCUGGCGCAAAUGUUGAUGCUUCGAAAAUGUGGAGAGAUAAUAGAGAAUUAUUCAAUAAAAAAGCGAAGAACCUUGUAAGGAAAUCUUUGGGUCUUUGAUUUAAAAAACCUAUCAUUUGUACAAUAUUGAUCUUUGAACAUUGUCAAUACUUAUUCGUGGAUCAUGAUGAAUUGUGGAUAUAACAAAGAUGUACAGAAGAAUUCAGUUCCAGUUCAAGAUUGUUGUUACACAUUUCAAAAGGCUACAAGUCCGCGCUAAUGAUAAUCAACUUCUGACUCUAUUUAUUGCGAUGUUGCCAGAGCACUUGGCAUAUUAUUUUUUUCCUGUUGGAUAUUUCAAUUACAUAGAAUGGCAAAGGGACACAUUUAUAUAAUAUCUAUCCAUGACUUUGCCGACGUUUAUUCCAAUCAGUUUUAAUGAAUUUUGUCACCAUGCUUACAUGGUUAUCUUAUCUAAAUUUAUUUUGUGUCUGAAUUGUCGUACCACAUCGGAUUUACCCAAUGGUUUGCAUACCUACACUGGAUGCCUUCUUCGUUUUCUAUUAAAUCCAACUAUAUAUAUGUCCAGUGCAAUUGAUUGAAUUUGUAAAUACAUUGUCCUCCAGCA